GUCAGGUCAUCUCUAUCGUCCUUGUUGGAGCUCCUUUGCUAACCAUCUUUGAAUCUUUCUUCGAAGGUACGUCCUAACCCUUGACGAGGAGAAGACACCAUUUUGAUAAUUCUAGCCAAACAACCCAGCGGUACGCUUCCGAUAGCGCUUGUGCAGUCCAACACCGCCAAUUCUCAAUCCGGUCAUGGUAACGCAUCGACGAGUGCGCCGCCUCAGGCACGCGAUCACCCUGAUUGUGACUUCUACCAUAAUUCCAGAUGGGCCGACUCGUUGGUCGUCGUCAUGGUUUACUUCGCUGUCGGCCUCACAAUGGAAGUUCUAGUGCUUAGCGGUUCGGCCAACAUGAAGUUGGUCCAGCUCUUGAUUCCUACCUACACCCUUUGGAUUACAUACCUUCCCGUUUAUAUCACCCUAGUCAUCUGGAUGUUCAUCAUGGUUUCCAUGCUGCUCGAAGAUAUCAGCCAUUCGCAAGGGAACGCAUUGAGAUUUUUCAAUGCGUCGAGAUUUUCCAAAGCGGCGACCGGCGAAGAUUUGAAGAGUCUUUUGAAGGUGCUGGAUGUGGUAUACUUUUGCACCACUCUCGUUGGUGGCUUCACGCUUUUGUUUAAUGAUAUUGUACCUCUUUCUCUUCUUAUGUCCGGCCCAACCUUUUACUGAUAGUUCAGCAACAACAGUCUGUCGCACAAUCUAGACUUGGAUAAGUCCUUUGUCCAGCAAAUCGAUAUUGGCUUUUGGAGUAUUAUAGUAUGCCAUAAAGUCCGCCUCCAGCGCCUCCGCAUCACCCCCCUUCGCCAGUAUGAUCGAAGUGUAAAGGGAGAUUAGGUGAAAGAAGUGAAGUUAUAUAUGGUUAUUGUAAAUCAGAAACGAGAUGCAAACGAUGCUAAUGUGGG